UGGUUAUAUAAUCCUGAUUAUCUGGGCUCAGGCUGAGUAACAGUGGCGCUGUUUGAGGUCAGCACCAACAUUGUCCUUCACUGUUUACACUCCAAUCAAAGUCAGACCAAGCAGAGCAGGGAGUGUGUCCAGCUUCCUGCUCCUUCCAGCUCACUCUGAGCACCCAACCCGACAAAACAGUCCAGGCAUUCGUUUUCAGGUUUCAGCUCUGAUGGACUUUAGCAGUAGGUUUGGGUUUGUCCAAGCUUCCAGACCGGAUUCUGAACUCACCACCAGCCCAUGUGCUGCAGGAGCAGGUUUUUACUGAGGGACUGCAAACACCUGCAGCAGGUGUGUCACUGCUUCUGCCAACAGGAUGUCCGGCUGCUGCUGCUGCGAGGGUCCCUUCAAGGAGCUGCUGGAGGCCGAUCACCUGAUGGCUUCAGUCAACCAGAACCUGGAAAUCACUGAAAAGCACAACUCUGAAUCAGGGGACUUGUUCACCUACUGUACGCUAGCUACCACUUCAGUCAGAAGGAAAACUAAUCGGAGCAGCAGAAGAAAGGAGAUCCUGCUGAAGGAGGAGGAGCAAAGAGAAGGAGGAGGAGGAGCAGGGGAGGAAGAGCGAGGAAUGACCAUGGACAUCUCUCUGCUCAGAGCACAGUACAGGAGCAGCAGGGACCAACGGAGCAGACAGACCCAGGUGCUUCUCUUCAGGACAGUUUCAGAGGACUUGACGGAGGCCGUCCGGGUUGUACCUAUUACUCAGGGUUUGACACCUCCCAACAUAACCUUUGACCCUAGUCCGAUUACCUAUGACCCCUGGCAUCUUCACCUAGAUGCUCACAGACGCUCACGCACCUUUGUCCCCGUCCAGCUCCCAGUUUUCUCCUCAGAAACAAACACCAAUCACCAAUCUGUCAGCAUUUCAUCCAGACAAGCAUCAUCUUCCUUUGAGGCCUGUAGCUUCAAGCAGGAGUCCAGCUCCAGAAAACUCUCUUCUACACCAGAGUCCCUCAGCAGCAGCAGAGAACUGUCUUCUUGCAGAUUGUCCAGCACCAAACUGGAAGAUCACAUCAGCGUAGACGGGUCCAGUGGAGAUCCAGCUUUCGAGCAAUCCACAGGAGUUUGCUUCAUUCGCUCAAAAGUGGAUCCAGUCCAAAUCUGUCUCACUGAUUCUUUGAUUCCAUCAGAGCUAAGUUCUAUAGAAUGUAUUGUAGACGACUGCUUGAGCUCCUCUAAAGAGGACCACGUCUACAGCUCCUUCAUAAAUCAGGAUAGUUUGGCUCCUGGCUCUCAGUCCAGCUCUGAUGAAAGCUCCACUCCCGUUGCUUCCAUCACUGGCUCACCCAGCAGCUCCAGCACCAACCUGCAUGAGGCACUGAAUGAGGCCUGGUCUUCAGACACAAAGUCCAGCAGCAUGUUCCUGCAGCCCAGCGGGUCUCCAACGGGGAGACGGCCCAGAAGGUUCUGGUCUCCGGCAAACAGGUUCUCCAGGCUGAGUGUAGGGAGAGCUGGCUCGGUCACAGGGGUCCAGGAGGACCAGAACUACUACCCAUUCCCUAGAAGGAAGACCCCAAGGAUCUCUGAGGCUGCUAGGAGACUGGGGAUGUACUCCUCCUUCUGAGAUUUCUAGUCUAAUCCAAAUGAAUGUGCUGCAGUGUGUUAUGGGGCUUAUGGGCCCCCACAGGACAAGUCCUAAAUGUACCAGGUGUCAUCUGCGUAAGCUUGAGUAAGAGUAGUCUUUUAUUUUUGUUUGGUAGUAAUUUUCCAGGACUUUCAGCUGUUUCACAGUCUUCAGAAGCAUAUGGAUCGUUUUUGUUGUCAGUAUUUUGUAAUGAGAAUUUGGUGAGAAUUUGCUCAAAUCCAGACAAAGCACAGGACAGAAAGGUAGUUCAAUUAACCCCGUCUCGUGCUGUUACUCUUCUGUUGUUGUUGAAUUUCAGAUCCUCUCUGUGUGUAAAACAGCUCAAAGCUCUGGAGGCAGUGAAAGUAACAUUUGAUCAAUUAGACAUCAGUGCAGUGAUUAAUGUACAAAGACAUCUGAUUUGUGUGUUUCUUUAUUUGCUGUAUUGAAAUAUGAACUGCUAACUUCUCUCA